UCUGUCCUGUCCCCGGGAGAAAACCCGAGAGAGCUGGACUACUGCUACAACUACACUUCCGUAUGAGGGACUUAAAACUCUACCCUGCCGCUCUGAACAUUAAUUUGACCCCCUGAACUUGUGAAGCCGUGCUGGACUGGAGGUAAGCCAUGGAGGAUGGGAAGCCAGUGUGGGCGCCCCACCCCGCCGACGGGUUCCAGCUGGGGAUGAUCGUUGACAUAGGAGCCGACACACUCACCAUAGAACCACUGAACCAGAAGGGCAAGACCUUUCUGGCUCCGAUGAGCCAAGUCUUCCCAGCAGAGGAUGAUGUCAACAAACAUGUAGACGACAACUGUUCCCUUAUGUACUUGAAUGAAGCCACUCUUCUCAACAACGUCAGAGUGCGGUACAACAAAGACCACAUCUAUACUUUUGUAGCCAAUAUCUUGAUAGCUGUGAAUCCUUACUAUGACAUCCCCAAACUUUAUGGCCCUGACGCCAUCAAGUCGUACCGGGGGAAGUCACUGGGAACUCUGCCGCCCCAUGUCUACGCUAUAGCCGACAAAGCCUACAGGGACAUGAAGGUUCUCAAGAUGAGCCAGUCCAUCAUAGUAUCAGGUGAAUCUGGUGCUGGAAAGACUGAAAACACCAAGUUUGUUCUCAGAUAUCUCACCACAACAUAUGGAAGUGGUCAAGAUAUUGAUGAGAGAAUUGUAGAAGCAAAUCCCCUUCUUGAGGCCUUUGGUAAUGCAAAGACAGUCCGGAAUAAUAACAGCAGUCGCUUUGGGAAGUUUGUGGAAAUCCACUUUAAUGAGAAGAAUGCAGUUGUGGGUGGAUUUGUCUCACAUUACCUGCUAGAGAAGUCGAGGAUUUGCAUGCAAAGUAACGACGAGCGGAACUACCACAUCUUCUACAGGCUGUGUGCCGGAGCAUCCGAGGACAUAAAGAAGAAACUGCGUCUGGACUCUCCGGACAGCUUCAGGUACCUGAACCGAGGAUGCACCAGAUACUUUGCCAGUAAGGACUCUGAUAAACAAAUCAUGCAGAACCGCAAGAGCCCUGAGCACCUAAAGGUGGGCGCUCUGAAGGACCCUCUUCUUGACGAUCAGGGCGACUUCAACAGGAUGUGUGUAGCCAUGAAGAAGAUCGGGCUGGAUGACACUGAGAAGCUGGACCUGUUCAGGGUGGUUGCUGGCGUUUUGCAUCUGGGCAACAUUGACUUUGAAGAAACAGGGAGCUCAUCAGGCGGUUGCAUCCUUAAGAACCAGUCAGGCCAGUCACUGGAGUGCUGUGCUGAUCUACUGGGUCUGGACAAGGAUGAUCUGCGCGUCAGCCUCACAACCAGAGUCAUGCUCACUACAGCAGGGGGCGCCAAAGGAACAGUUAUCAAGGUGCCUCUAAAGGUGGAGCAGGCAAACAAUGCUCGCGAUGCCCUGGCCAAGGCGGUGUACAGCCGCCUCUUCGAUCAUGUGGUGAAACGAGUCAACCAGUGCUUCCCCUUCGAGACUUCCUCCAACUUCAUCGGGGUGUUGGACAUCGCUGGGUUUGAGUAUUUUGAACACAACAGCUUUGAGCAGUUCUGUAUCAAUUACUGCAAUGAGAAACUGCAGCAGUUCUUCAACGAGCGGAUUCUCAAAGAGGAGCAAGAGCUGUAUCAAAAGGAAGGUCUGGGAGUGAAUGAGGUGCAUUAUGUUGACAACCAGGACUGUAUAGACCUAGUGGAGUCAAAGAUGGUGGGAAUCCUGGACAUUUUGGAUGAAGAGAACCGUCUCCCUCAGCCCAGCGACCAACACUUUGCACUGGCAGUUCACAGCAAACAUAAAGACCACUUCAGACUGACGGUUCCCAGGAAGUCGAAGCUGACCAUUCACAGGAAUCUGCGGGAUGACGAGGGCUUCAUCGUCAGGCACUUUGCUGGAGCAGUCUGCUAUGAAACGACUCGGUUUGUGGAGAAGAAUAAUGAUGCCCUCCACAUGUCCUUGGAGAGCUUAGUGUCUGAAUCGAAAGACAAAUUUGUUCGAGAGCUGUUUGAGAACUCAAUCACCAACAAGGACUCCAAGCAGAAGGCGGGCAAACUCGGCUUCAUCAGCGUUGGCAACAAGUUCAAGACCCAGCUGAACCUGCUGUUGGAGAAGCUUCGCAGUACUGGCUCAAGUUUCAUCCGCUGUGUAAAACCCAACCUGAAGAUGGUCAGCCACAAGUUUGAAGGAGCUCUGAUUCUUUCACAGCUGCAGUGCUCAGGAAUGGUGUCGGUGUUGGACCUGAUGCAGGGGGGUUUCCCCUCCCGAGCCCCCUUCCAUGAGCUCUACAACAUGUAUCAACAGUAUAUGCCCGACAAGCUCACACGCCUGAACCCACGACUCUUCUGCAAGGCUUUGUUCAAAGCUCUGGGACUAAAUGACAACGACUUCAAGUUUGGAUUGACCAGAGUGUUCUUUCGCCCCGGAAAGUUUGCUGAGUUCGACCAGAUAAUGAAGUCUGAUCCAGACCACCUUGCAGAGCUGCUGAAGAAAGUCAACCAGUGGCUGGUGUGCAGCCGAUGGAAGAAGGUCCAGUGGUGCAGCCUGUCUGUCAUCAAACUUCGGAACAAGAUGAGUUACAGAGCUCAGGCCUGCAUUAAGAUUCAGAAGACUGUCCGUAUGUGGUUAUGUAAGAAAAAGCACAAGCCACGCAUCGAUGGCAUGGUGAAGGUUCGAAGCCUGAAGAAACACAUGGAGCGCUUCAACGUGGUGGUGAGCGGGCUGAAGGAGGGCAAGCAGGAGAUGGCCAAACAGGUUCAAGAGCUGGCUGCCUCCGUAGACGCUCUGUUAGCAAAGAUAAAGGCCAAAGUGAUGACCCGGAAGGAGAUCGACACAGAGUACCAGGGGCUGGUGAAACGCUCCGAGCAGCUGCUCUCCUCCAUGCAAAAGAAGAAGCAGGAGGAGGAAGAGGGGGAGAGGCUGAAACACAUCGAGGAGGAGAUGGUGAAGGAGAGGCAGAGGAGGGAGAAGGAGGAGCAACGACGCAAACAGGAGGAAGAGGAGAGAAGACUGAAAUCAGAGAUGGAGCUGAAGAGGAAGCAGGAAGAGGAGGAUAGAAAAAAGAGAGAGGAGGAAGAGAAAGUCAUGCAGGCGGAGCUGGAGAUCCAGCUGGCUGCGGAGCGCGAGGAGCAGGUCCAGCGCACCACCAUCCUGGAGCAGGAGAGACGAGACAGAGAGUUAGCCAUGAGAAUCGCUCAGAGCGAGGCAGAGCUCAUCUCUGAGGAGGGGCAGCUGGACCCAAGCCUGCGCAGGGGUCCUCAGGUGCAGGCAACCAAAGCUGCUGCUGGUGUGAAAAAGUAUGACCUCAGCAAGUGGAAGUAUGCUGAGCUGCGAGAUGUCAUCAACACUUCCUGUGACAUCGAGCUGCUGGCGGCCUGCAGAGAGGAGUUCCACCGCCGUCUGAAGGUCUAUCACGCAUGGAAGUCCAAGAACAAGAAACGUAACGAUGACGGAAGUGAUCAGAGGGCUCCUAAAUCUGUAACUGACUACGCUGAACAGAACCCAGCUCCUCCGAUGACGGCCCAGCAUCAGGAAGUGGCCAUGAACCGCCAGCAGCGAUAUUUCCGCAUCCCUUUCAUCCGGCCCGCAGACCAGUACAAAGACCCGCAGAAUAAAAAGAAGGGCUGGUGGUACGCUCACUUCGAUGGGCCCUGGAUAGCCAGACAGAUGGAGCUUCACCCAGACAAACGACCUAUCGUGUUGGUUGCAGGGAAAGAUGACAUGGAGAUGUGCGAGCUGAGUCUGGAGGAGACGGGUCUGACCAGGAAGAGGGGGGCGGAGAUCCUGCCGAGGCAGUUUGAAGAAAUCUGGGAGCGCUGCGAUGGAAUUCAGUACCUGAAGAAAGCCAUCGAGAACAAGCAGGCCCGCCCCACGUACGCCACCGCCAUGCUUCAGAGUCUCCUCAAGUGAACCACAGCAGCGAGAUAAGAGUCCUGAAACAUGACACUGAUACACAGACUCGCAACGGAUACAUAAAUACAAUCUUACUGUAGACCCUCUCCUUUUUUAAACACCUGUAUGAUCUUUAUUUUCACUUUUUAUAUCUGUAUUUUGCAGUGUAACACCUCAUUGGUGUAGCGUUAGCAUUUCAGUCUUCUCCUCGAUCUGCGCUUGAAUGAAAUCUCUCACUGUGAGGCCUUAAAUUGCAAUAUGACUGCACUACACCCAGGAAGUCUUAAUUUGUGCAAUGCUUAUCUAGCUAUUAACCUGAAACCUUAAUGGUCUGCAAUAGGGACAAUAAAUUAGGCUUUUAGAGGGAAUAUGUAGAUGUAAUGGUGUGUAACAAUCUUACUUUAGGGUCUUGUGGAUAUUGAGGCUUUAAUUACUGUUCAACACCUACAUUUGAUUUGAUUAGUGACAUUAUAAGUCUACAACUCAAAAGGGAAGAUAAGGAAAAACUUAUCUUUCUUGGUUGUGCAUAAGGAACUGAAAGACGACUUAAAGGAGCAGGCAUUGUGUAGGAUUUAGGGGGAUCUGUAGGCAGAAAUGCAAUACAAUAUUCACAUUUUUAUUAGUCAAUGUAUAAUCAUCUGAAACUAAGAAUCUGAGCGCUUCAUAUUCACAUAGGGAGCAAGUCCUCUUUAACAAAGCCUGAAACGCUGGCUCUAGAGAGGAGAACUACUAAACCCUACACCCUGCUCCUUUAACUCAUUAAUAGAAUAAGAGAAAGUGAACAAGUUAUAUUUAUACACAUUUCUAUAAUUACCCUAUACUGUAUUUUUUAAUAAGUCUAGUAUAAAAGAUACAUUUCACUGCAUCUACUAUAAGGUUGACAUGACAAAUAAUGGGACAAAAUCACAUGAUUUUCUUUCAUAUGGUUCUAGUGUGUAUCUUUGCUCAGACACUUUAAUUGCAUAAUGAGUAGGAUGUAUAGAUUGGUACAAAAAUAAUCCAUCUCAAUCAUCACUUAUGACCUGCUAGAAGUGUGUGGUGGUGUCUGUAUCUGCAGAGG